GUUUGAUAAACGUUGUGGUCGAUAUCUUUUUACAAUGAUCGGUAUUCCUACUUUCGUCUAUAGUUCACUUUUAGUUUCUUUCAUGUGUAAUUUCAAUCAAGCCACCGCAGCGAAUUAUGGUUGGUUUACAAUUCUCAGAAUGGAAGAGAAACCUAUUAGCCCUCAAGAUAUAUAUUUUAUGAAAAAUAAGAAUGACGAGCGAACAGAAACUGUGGAUCUCCAACUUUACUAUGAAACUCUAUGUCCAUAUUGCAUACAAUUAGAGAGCACUCAAUUCAAGAAUGUCGUUAAUACUUUAAGCCCUUACCUAAACAUUAAAACUUACCCGUACGGAAAUGCUCAGACAAUCGAGACAAAUGGAAGUAUAGAAUUUAAAUGUCAACAUGGACCUAAAGAGUGUUACGGAAAUAAAUUACAUGCAUGCAGUCUUAAACAUAUUACAAACCAUACUGACGCUUUGAACUUCAAUAUAUGUAUGAUGGAGACAAAUGACAAGACUAGAGGGUCGGAUGAUGCGGCAGUACUGAAGUGCGCAGAUGAAAUGAAUAUAGACAAAAGUCAAAUACUCCAAUGUGCCAAGGGUAAAGAAGGAGGUCAAUUGCUCAAGUAUUAUGGAGAAGAAAGUCACAAGGCCAACUUUAAUUAUGUGCCAUACGUGCUUAUCAACGGAGUCGAAUGGCUGCAGAACGGCACAUUGAUGCAAGACGUCUGCGCUGCCUUCAAAGAUCCGCCAGAAGUUUGCAAUCAAUAA